GUUCAAACGGUAUAUUAUUAUUCACUACAUCUAACAAACAUUAGUGGUGUUCGGGUGAAAUGAGCCCGAAGGAGUCUGUUGUCGACCCAUAGCCUUAGAUCUGCUGGUGCGCAUGCGCUAACGAUGCAUUUUGCUGCGGUCAACGGCUGCAGCUGGUAGGGCGCAGACACGACCUACAACUGCUGUACAUUUACCUCGCAAACAACCACAGCACUCCACCUGUCCAGGGACAGGACACCACCUGGCGUUGACGGCAGCGUCUUAUCAUUUCAAAAAGCGGCUGUUGCUGAUGUAAUGUUGGAGGACCAGGCUGUGGCACUCUGAGCCUCCCAUGGCUGUUAGCGCCAUGGACUCCGAGUCAGCCCGGACCCCUCAGCCUACGGCUGCCCUGACUAACGGAGGCCGUUCCCUGCUGCCCUCUGGAGCUCUGAGCCCCGUGCUGGGUGCCCGAAGGAAGCACUAUGUCUGCGGCUCCGUCGCGGCGUUUACCAACAUCAUGUUGACUUUCCCCCUCCAGAAGUUGCUGUUCCGCCAGCAGCUGCACGGCGUGCUGGCCACUGAGGCGGUGCGGCAGCUCCAGAGGGAUGGGCUGAGGAAUCUCUACCGGGGCCUGCUGCCCCCGCUGGUCCAGAAGAGCACCACGGUGGCCAUCAUGUUCGGCCUGUACGAGGACUUCUCGAGGGUCCUACUGGACCGCGCCGAUGGCAGCGGUGUGCCGGAGCUGGUCACGCGAAGCUUCGCGGCAGCGCUGGCGGGAACAGCGGAGGCCUUCCUGGCGCCGUUUGAGCGUGUGCAGACUCUCCUACAAGACCAUCGGCACCACGGGCGCUUCAACAACACGGUCCACACCUUCCGGACACUUCUGACUGAGCACGGUGUCAGAGAGUGCUACCGCGGCCUGGUGCCUAUACUUCUACGCAAUGGCCCGAGCAAUGUGCUCUUCUUCGGACUACGCGGGCCCAUCAAGGAGCAGCUCCCAGAAGCCUCUAGCCGGGCAGGUCACAUGGUUAAUGAUUUUGUGUGCGGGGGGUUGCUGGGGGCAGCCCUCGGCAUCAUGUUCUAUCCACUCAAUGUGGUUAAGUCCCGGGCUCAGUCUCAAGUGGGCGGAGCCUUCCAGCCUUGCAGGGAGGUACUGCUAACAGUUUGGAGGGAGAGGGGGGGCAGCGUGGCCAUGCUCUUCAGAGGGGCCCACCUUAACUACCACCGUUCCCUCCUCUCCUGGGGAAUCAUCAAUGCCACCUAUGAACUGCUGCUGAAGUUCAUGAAAGAGGGCGAUUAGAGAUAAUAUAAUAGAGCGGUAGAGCGGACGAAGCACCUGGAGGGGAAAACCUGCUUGGAGUGACGGAGACACGUUGUUGAGGAGAAAGGGAAAAUUGUCCGGGAAUAAGUUUCCUUGACUUAAAGACAGCCAUGAAAUUGCACUUCUGACAGGGGCCAACAGUCCGUGUGAGAUGACCCACAUGCCAUGACCAUUUGCUGUUCAAAAUAUGAUAAGGACACACGCUUUACCCCAUAAAGAACUUCUGCCAGGGUCCAAUUGAAAUCCCCUUGUUUGCUCUCUGUACAAAAAUGUUUUUCAGCAAACUGAACUCCAGUUUCAAGAAGAGGUUACUUGACUGUAUUUACUUGUGUGUGCUGUGGUGUUUUGUAGAGAACAUCUGUUUGUUUGACCAAUAGCAUUUCCUCUGUGAGGCUGUAAUCUGCCACUUAACCUUGUACGUAUUUGUGACAGUGUAAAUGGUCAAGGAGACUAUUAUAAAUGGAGUGUGAGCCGGUUUGUUACUCUUUAUUACCCAUCACCACCAAUUUGGCCUGACGGUUUGUAGAAUCAGAAGGCUGAUACUUAAGAAAUUGUAGAAUUUAGUAUCAGUAAUGACACACGUCUUUGCCAGUUGGAGCUGACAUUUCUUGUGGAGCAGCAUCUAUCGUGGUUUGUUUUGUGGCAUGCUACUGGCAUAUGUGCUUUGAUUAGAACGUUUUUGGAGAAGUGCCCAUUGAUUUCACUAAAACACCUUUAUUGGAAAAGAUCAAAUACGUCUUUAAUGUUAACUUCUGUUGCAGAUCUUUGUCUACGAUUACCUUUAAGAAACCCAUUGCCAUUUAAGAACAUUUUUCUUAUAUUAAUUGAAUGCACUGUUGCUGCAUUUGUUUGUCUCUGGGCUAUUGUUCAUUCAUUUGCUGUACAAAUAACUUUCUCAAUGUUAUUUUCCUUUUAAUUCGCUGUAAUACCACUUCCUUCCUACGUGUAUUUCCUCCCUCUGCUCACAUUCUAUCGGUCCUUCUCUCACGCUUGCUCUCCUGUCUGUCUGUAACAUCUGUUGACAUAAUGGGCUCGGAUUUCAAGCUUGAGUAGCUGCUGUCACCACGCAGCAGCUCUUGCCGAGUACGACAGCCCGAAGAGGAAAGGCAUGCUGCCGGGACACUGAGAGGGAGAGAGAGACGCCCCGCUAAUGGUGCUGAGAGGAUGAAGGAGGGCACAGGGUGAUGUUUUGUGGCACAAAAAGCUCAAGCUGCCAUGUAAAUGCAUCACUUGGCCUACUUCUUCAAAUCUUUUCAUUCUGAUUGUUCACCGCGUGUCGUUUCCUGAGCAUCUUUUCAGGAUCUUCUUGGGUUUCCUUUUUAAAAGCCAGAAUCAAAUUAGGUUUUGAAAGUGGGACAAAAAAAAUUACAUAAUGCUGUUGACAAUUUCCACUUUUCCUUAAGUACAGAUCUCUAAAUCUCUAAGAUGUCAAAUGAGCUUUUACAACCAAAUCAAAUGCUUCGAAAUGACUAUUAAACAUGUUGACAGUGAAUACUUCUGUUAUUUGUGUGUUACUACGAAUGUAGUAAAGGCACGUGUACAUUAUGGAUGUCAGACAGGGCUGAUGGGAGCCACUGCCAUCAGGGUAUGAAUGGGUGAUUAGUGUGAAAGCGCUACGCAAGUAGAAUUCCAUUUACCGUUUUAGGUAAUACUCACAUACCCUGUUAAAGUGAUUCAUUGGGUUUUGAUGGUGAUCAAACCCAACACUUGGUCACAAUGUGUAGUUUAACACCACUAUCUGCUGCUGACGGUAAUGUCGACGCUCCGAAUACGGGUUGUUUUUUUCACGACUAGACUAGAUUACAGUGUCAAGAAGUCAGACUGCAGAUAACGAUGAGAUUAAGGACAGUCUAAUGGGGACUUUGGAUCAGGGAGGGUUGAACUACUGUGGCUACAAAGCCUCUCAACUCUUUCGCUGUUACCUGUUCAACCUACCGCACGUCCUGAUUCCUCUCAGACAAUUCAUCGUAAAAUUCAUUAUUCAUUUAGCAAUAUUUCAUAACGGGAGAGUGCUGUGCUCAGCUGGAAAUCUGAAUAAUUCGGAUACAUUCUCAGUACCCCCCCCCCAAAAAAAGUAGGCUCCAUUGCUACAUGCAUAGUUAAACACUGCAUCCGUGAAGUAUAACAACUCAAUACUGGGAAAUGAAUCCCACAGUACUCAUUACCAGUAUCUGUAGUGCAGUGGUGGUGUAGAGGGGAAGCUGUUUAUACUGCCAGGGUACGACUUCACUCUGUCUGUUGUUCAAUGGUAAAUGUAAUGUCUUCUUACCCGAUUUGUAGACUGUGCGGACUGUCAGGGCCUGCAAGCCCUAAGCAUCAUCUGAAAUGUAUUUUUAUAUAUAUUAUUUGCACAAAUGUGUAUUAAAUUAUUCCCCAUAGUC